AAAACAUUCACGAAAUGGAUAAAUGCUCAGUUUGCAAAGUUUGGAAAACAUCCCAUUGAAGAUCUGUUUACUGACCUCCAAGAUGGAAGAAGACUCCUGGAUCUCCUUGAAGGCCUUAUGGGUCAAAAACUGGUGAAAGAAAAAGGCUCUACAAGGGUCCAUGCACUGAAUAAUGUCAACAAAGCACUGCAAGUCUUGCAAAAAAACAAUAUUGAUUUGGUGAAUAUUGGUAGCGCGGACAUAGUGGAUGGGAACCAUAAGCUGACCCUUGGCUUGAUCUGGAGUAUUAUUCUCCACUGGCAGGUGAAAGAUGUAUUGAAAGGCAUCAUGGCCGACUUGCAGCAAACAAAUAGUGAAAAGAUCUUAUUGAGCUGGGUCCGCCAAUCAACACGAAAUUAUCCACAGGUCAACGUUAUCAAUUUCACCAGCAGUUGGUCUGAUGGAUUAGCAUUUAAUGCACUCAUCCACAGUCACAGGCCAGACCUGUUUGAGUGGAAGAGUGUACUUUGCCAAUCUGCAUUAGAAAGGCUUGAUCAUGCUUUUAAUGCUGCCCAGCGACACUUGGGAAUUGCAAAUCUCCUUGAUCCUGAUGAUAUUGCCACAGCUCAUCCUGACAAGAAAUCCAUUUUAAUGUAUAUCACAUCACUUUUCCAAGCUCUGCCACAACACGUUUCCAUUGAAUCCCUUCAAGAAUUGGACACGCUGCCUCGCCAUAUGAUCACUGUCAGUGUAGCAGAGGGACGUGUACACACCCCUUCACCACCUCCUAAGCCACGUUUCAAAAGUUAUGCCUACACACAAUCUGCUUAUGUUAUGUACUCUGACCAAAAAAGCAGGCCAUUUCCCCAAGAGCGACUGGAAGGUCUUGAUGACAGACCAUUUGGUACUUUAGUGAGGGAACCGCAAGUGAAAUUAGAAAGUUAUCAGUCAUCGUUAGAAGAAGUUCUCUCUUGGCUUCUUUCUGCUGAGGAUAUUUUACAAAAUCAAAAAACAAUAUCUGACAAUGUUGAAGAAGUAAAAGAACAAUUUCAUACUCAUGAGGGCUUUAUGAUGGAAUUAACAUCUCAUCAGGGAAAUGUUAGCAAUGUUUUACAAGCUGGGAGUCAACUGAUAGCUACUGGGAAACUUUCAAACGCUGAAGAAAAUGAUAUUCAGGAACAAAUGAAUCUUCUUAAUUCCCGGUGGGAAAGCCUCAGAUUGGCAAGCAUGGAUAGACAAAACAAUUUGCAUCGAAGAUUAAUGGACCUCCAAAAUCAUCAGUUACAACAAUUAAGUGACUGGCUCUCACUAACAGAAGAACGAACAAAGAAAAUGGAUGCUGAACUGGGACCUGACCUAGAAGACAUAAAACGACAAAUAGAAGAACAUAAGGUAUUGCAGGAUGAUUUGGAGCAAGAGCAAAUACGAGUGAAUUCUCUCACACACAUGGUAGUUGUAGUAGAUGAAAUAAGUGGAGAAAAGGCUACAGCUAAUUUAGAAGAUCAGCUACAGCAUCUGGGCAACCGAUGGGCUGCUAUAUGCCGUUGGACUGAGGAUAGAUGGGUCUUUCUCCAGGAAAUUCUUCUUAAGUGGCAACAUUUUGCAGAAGAUCAGUGUCUUUUUGAUGUCUGGCUAACAGAAAAGGAGGAGGUAGUGAACACCAUAAAUACUGCAGGUUUUAAGGAUCAAAAUAAAAUUCUUUCAAACCUUAGAAAAUUGGCAAUUCUGAAGGGAGAGCUAGAACUAAAAAAGACAACAACGGAUACACUGUACUCACUUAAUCAGGACCUAGUUGCUGCUCUGAAGAACAAGUCAUUGUCUCAAAAACAUGAGGCAAGACUAGAAAAUUUUGCUCAACGAUGGGACAAUCUGGCGCAGAAGCUGGAAAGCACUUCCAAACAGAUUUCACAGGCUGCCACCACCACUCAGAAAUCACUUACACAGACAACUGCAAUGGAAACUGUAACUAUGGUGACCAAAAGGGAGGACAUACUUGUUAAGCAUGCUAAGGAUGAACUUCCACCACCUCCACCCCAGAAGAAGAGACAGAUCCUUGUGGAAUCGAAGCUUAGAAAGAGAUUUGAUGUGGAUUUAACAGAGCUUCAUAGCUGGAUGACACGCUCUGAAGCACUAUUGCAAAGCUCUGAAUUUGCAGUCUAUCGGAAAGAAGGUGACCUUACCAACCUUACAAAGAAAGUUAAAGCCAUAGAGAAAGAAAACCCUGAUAAGCACAGGAAACUGCAGGAUGCCAAUCGAAAUACCCAAGCCUUGGUGGAACAGAUGUUAAGUGAUGGUAUAAAUGCAGACAGCAUCAAACAAUCCUCUCAACAUUUGAAUAGCCGCUGGACAGACUUCUGCCAGUUACUGAGUGAAAGACUAUCCUGGUUGGAAUAUCAAAACAGUAUCCUUGCAUUUUAUUCACAGUUGCAGCACUUUGAACAAAGAGUAAUUAGUGCAGAAAACUGGCUAAAAGCACAAACCCACCCAACCUCCGAAACAGAUACAGUCAAAAUACAUCUAGCAAAGUGCAAGGAUGAAGUUGCCCAUCUGUCGGCUCUUAAACCUGAAAUCGGAUCUUUGCAAGUUCAGGGAACAGAACUAAAAGAAAAGGAACAGAGGCCAAUGUUUCUGGAAGCAGAUGUAGCAACUUUUGUUAAUCACUAUAAUCAAGUUCUUUCCAGCUUACAAUCAAGAGAAAAACAGCUUCAGAACAUUCUAGACAGUUUACCUCCUACACAAUACACAGAGAAAAUGAGCACUAUCCUUAUGUGGAUCCAGCAGUCCGAAACCAAACUCGUUAUACCUCAGGUCACUGUUACUGAAUGUGAAAUCAUGGAACAACGACUCAGGGAGCUAAAGGCCUUACAAACUUCCCUGCAGGAACAUCAAGUUGACCUGAAUUAUCUCAGUAAAACUGCAGAGGAGUUAUCUAGAAAAGCACCAACUGAUGUCAAACAGAAAUAUUUGACAGAAAUCGACCUAAUUCAAAACCGCUGGAAGACAUUAUCAAAUCAGCUUGUGGGACAAUGCCAAACAUUAGAAGAAUUGCUAAGCACAUUAAAACAACAUCAGAAUGACAUGAAAACUUUGAAAAAAUGGAUGGCAGAAGUUAAUGUAUUCCUCAAUGAAGAAUGGCCAGCCCUUGGGGAUUCUGAAGCUCUUGAAAAACAGCUAGAACAAUGUAGUGCUCUGGUAAAUGACAUCCAAACUAUACAACCCAGUGUGAGCAGUGUUAAUGAUGUGGGGCAGAAACUGAUCAGUAAAGCAGAACCCGUUUACUCGUCUAAACUGCAGCAAGAUUUAAAAAACUUAAAUGAUCAGUGGGAUCACAUAUGUAGACAGGCUUAUGCAAAAAAAGCAGCACUCAAAGAUGGCUUGGAUAAGACAAUAAGCCUUCGGAAAGAUUUGUCAGAGAUGCAAGAAUGGGUAACUCAAGCUGAACAUGAGUAUUCAGAAAAAUAUUUUGAAUACAAGACACCAGAAGAGCUUCAAAAAGCUUUAGAAGAGUUAAAGAGAGCAACAGAAGAAGCAGCACAAAAGGCUGACAAUGUGAAACUCCUGACGGACUCUGUAAAUAAUUUUAUUGCAACAGCUCCACCUGCAGCACAUGAACCAUUAAAAAAAGAGCUUGACGUUCUUAUAACAAACUAUGAACAACUUUGCAGCAGACUUGAUGGGAAAUUCCAAACACUGAAGGAAGUUUGGGCUUGCUGGUGUGCACUGUUAUCAUACCUGGAAGCUGAAAACAAGUGGUUAGAUGAAGUUGAAGCAAAGUUGAAAACAACUGAAAAUGUCAAAGGAGGUGCCGAGGAGAUUGCUGAAGCACUAACGUCCAUAGAAAAGAUGAUGAAACACCCAGAAGACAAUCGCAAUCAGAUUAGGGAGCUUGCUCAGACCUUAACUGAUGGAGGUGUGAUGGACGAACUGAUCAAUGAAAAGCUGGAGAAAUUUAAUACUCGUUGGGAAGAAGUGCAACAAGAGGCUGUAAGGAGACAAAAGGUUCUUGAACAAAGUAUACAGUCUGCCCAGGAGACUGACAAAGCUAUUUGUAUGAUACAGGAGGCUCUCAAUACCACUGACAGACAGCUGACUUCCUACAUUGCAGACAGAAUUGAUGCUGCCCAAGUUCCACAAGAAUCUCAGAAAAUACAGUCUGAUUUGAUGAGUCAUGAAAUUAGCUUGGAUGAAAUGAAAAAAAGAAAUCAGGGUAAAGAAAUGUCCAAAAAAGUCCUCUCCCAGAUUGAAAUAGCACAGAAAAAGUUUAAGGAGGUGUCUACAAAGUUUCGAUUGUUUCAGAAGCCUGCUAAUUUUGAACAACGAUUAUUGGAGUCAAAAAGAAUUCUUGAUGAAGUAACAUUAGAAUUGCCAGUUUUGGAGACUAAGAGUAUUGAACAAGAAAUUGUUCAGACACAGCUGGAUCAGUGUAUGAAAAUGUAUAAAAUGUUGAGUGAAGUAAAAACAGAAGUGGAAACAGUGAUAAAAACUGGUCGCCAAAUUGUACAGAAACAGCAGACUGAAAACCCAAAGGAUUUGGAUGAAAGACUCACUGCAUUAAAAAUGCAAUACAAUGAAUUGGGAGCAAAGGUGACAGAAGGAAAACAAACCCUAGAAAAGUGCCUAAAACUCUCCAGAAAACUGAGAAAAGAAAUGAACAGUCUGACAGAUUGGUUAGCUGCAACCGAUGUGGAAGUAACAAGGAGAUCUGCUGAGCAGGGCAUGCCCUCAAACUUGGAUGAAGGGUUAGCCUGGAGCAAAUCAACACAUAAGGAGAUGGAGAAAAGACAGCAACAACUGAAGAAUGUUCAGGAUUUAGAUGAUUCACUAAGGACACUGCUCGGAGGAGAACAAAGUCUCGUAGAUGAUAAACUUAGCUUUCUGAACAGCAAUUGGGUCGCUGUAAAAUUGAGGGCUGAAGAGUGGUUUCGCUUAAUAUUGCAAUAUCAGAAUGAAAUGGAAUCUUUUGACCAGGGUGUAGCUACAAUUACAUCUUGGAUGUACAGAGCUGAAAUACUUUUGGACGAGUCUGAAAAACAGAAGCCACUGCAGAGAGAAGAAACUUUAAAGGUCAUAAAGGCUGAACUGAAUGAUAUGCAGCCAAAGAAAGAUUCUAUACAUGAAAAAGCUGAAGAUUUAAUGAAAAACCAUGGUGCCCACUGCAGGAUGUUGGUAGAAUCAAAGUUGUCUGAUCUUGACCAACGUUUUACUGCAAUAUCUCAAAGAAUAAAAAGUGGCAAGGCCUUGGUUUAUUCAAAGGCAUUGGAGCAAUUUAAUUCUGAUAUACAGAAAUUGCUUGAACCAUUGGAGGUAGAAAUUCAGCUCGGAGUGAAUCCUACAGAAGAAGACUUCAAUAAAGAUAUGGAUGCCAAUUACAAUCCUACUCUCCAAAACCUUAGUGAAGACAAUGAAGGGCCUGUGAAAGAAUUACUGCAAAGGGGAAAUAAUCUUCAACAAAAAAUUGGUGAUGAGAAAAAACGCGAAGAAAUAAAACUAAAGCAACAGGUUUUACUGUCAAAACACAACACUCUUAAGAUUUUGAGAACUCAAAGAAGAAAAAAGGCAUUGGAGAUCUCCCAUCAGUGGUAUCAAUAUAAGAGACAUGCUGAUGACUUAUUAAAAUGCUUGGAUGACAUUGAGAGAAAAAUUGCAAGUCUUCCAGAACCCAAAGAUAACCAGAAGCUUAAGGAGAUUGAUGGAGAAUUGGACAAGAAGAAAGAAGAACUGAAUGAUGUGCACAGGCAAGCUGAAAGUUUGUCUAAGGAAGGGGCUGGCAAAGCAGUGGAGCCAACUCUGAUCCAGCUCAACAAACGCUGGCAAGAAAUUGAGAGCAAAUUUGCUCCUUUCAGAAGACUGCGCUAUGCACAAAUUCAAACUGUUACAGAAGAAACAACACAUUCAAUGUCAGAGAGAAUAAGAAUGGAAACCAUCUAUGUGCCUUCCUCAUAUCUGGCAGAGAUUACAGUCCUUCUGCAGUUUGUUGCUGAGGUGGGGCUUCUUCUGGAUUCUUCCUGUCUCAAUAAGAAAGACUGUGAAGAUUUAGCCAAACAACAGGAGUGCCUAAAGAAUAUAAAAGACAGCCUUGGGAGACUAUCAGGUCAGCUGGAGGUGAUUCAAAACAAGAAGAAAGCAGUUAUGCAAUGUGCUACACUGAGAGAAAAUGAGAAAAUCCAAGAAAAAUUAUCAGAUCUUAAUUUUGAAUGGGAAAAUGUUAACAAGCUUUACAAGGACAGGCACAUGAAGUAUGACAGAUGUAUGGAGAAAUGGAUGACUCUACAGGAUAAUAUGAAUAAUUUCAACCGCUGGUUAAAUGAAGCUGAACUUAUUCUUGCUGAUAUUCCGGGUGAUGGAAAAGAGUCUGAAAAAUUUAAGCAUCAAGUGAAGGAGCUUGAAGAUGGCAUAGGACAGCAACAAACUUUUGUCCGAGUACUGAAUGUAUCUGGCGGAGAGAUCAUUAGCCAGUCCUCCCCUGCUGAGAAUAUAGAUAUUAGGGAUACAUUGGAUUCUUUGAAUUCUCGCUGGCAUAUUGUUAACAGAAAGAUAAAUGAAAGAAGAAUAAGGUUAGAGGAAGAAAAGAAGACGUUAUAUGGAUUACAAGAAGAUUUAAACAAAUUUGGCAUUUGGUUAGAAGAUGCAGAGGGCAUUGCUAAACAGCCAACAGAACCUGGAAAUGAAUUGCAAUUAAAUGAGUUACUUGAAAAAGUAAAGUUUACAACAGAGGAGCUUCUGCCCCACAAAGAGUUCUUGAAACAGGUGAAUGAAGCUGGAGGAACAGCAUUAGGAAGUACAACAAUAGCUCCAACGGAGAAGAAAAAAAUUGAAAGUAGCUUAAAAGAGGCCAAUCAGCGCUGGAUAAAGGUGUCCAAAGAUCUUUAUGAUAAGCAAAAAGAGAUUGAAGAUGAGUUGAAGAACUUCUCGCUCUUUGAGCUUCAGUUAAACCAGUUGACUUUGUGGGUGUCUUCUGUAAAGGAUCAGCUGCAGUUCUACAAUCAAGUGGGCAGACCUGGUGCAUUUGACAUCAAGGAAACAGAGGAAGCAAUUCUAGCAAAACAGCCACAUGUAGAAGGAAUCUUGUCCAAGGGACAUCACUUAUAUACCAAGGAACCCGCACCAUAUGCUUUGAAGACAAGGGUAAAUGAUCUACAAACAGAGUGGAAUACUGUAAACCAUUUAUUGCAAGAACUGAUCAGAAGUCCAGAAGCUUCAACAUCUGGUGAUAGUGGUGGCCAAACAGUCUCAGUGGUAACUCAGACAUUGGUAACAGGAAGCACAAUCCCAUCAGCAGAUAUGCCAUCAUCACUUCUUUUGGAAGUACCUGCCUUGGCUGAAUUCAACAAGACCUGUGCUGAGCUAACUGAUUGGCUUACGCUGUUAGACCGUGUCAUAAAGUCCCAGAUAGUGACAGUGGGUGACGUGGAGGAAAUCAGUGAGAUGAUCAUCAAACAAAAGACAACGUUGCAAGAUUUAGAAAAGCGCCAGCCCCAUUUGGAAGAACGUAUUACUGCAGCACAAAAUCUAAAAAACAAGACAAGCAAUCCAGAGGCUAGAGCAGUGAUUACAGAUCACAUUGAUAAAAUUCAAAAUCAAUGGGAAGAAGUUCAGUGUCACCUUCAGAACAGAAGACUGCAGCUACAAGAAAUGUUGAAGGAUUCCAACCAAUGGAUAGAGGCUCGACAUGAGGCUGAUAAAGUUAUUGAGAAAGCAAAAAGCAGGACAGAGUCAUGGAAAGAAAUAUCCUACACAGUUGAAGCCCUGAAUAAACAGAAUUCUGAUCUUAAGCAAUUUUCCAAGGAACUCCAGCAAUGGCAGAUAAAUGUCGACGCAGCAAUCGACUUAGCUCUUAAGCUUCUAUGUGACUAUUCUACAGAUGACACAAGAAAAGUGGAAUUGAUGAAAGAUAACAUUAAUGCUACUUGGGCAAGAAUUAAUAAGAGGGUUACAGAACGCGAUGCUGCGCUGGAAGCAGCACUCCGAUUACUGCAGCAGUUCUAUUUGGAUUUAGAAAAGUUCCUUGCCUGGCUGACUGAAGCUGAGACUACUGCAAAUGUUCUGCAAGAUGCUACACAGAAGGAUGGGGUGCUAGAGGAUACACAUGCUCUUAGAGAACUCAUGAACCAGUGGCAGAACUUGCAAGCUGAAAUUGAUGGACACACAGAGGUUUUUCAUUCCUUGGAUGAGAAUGGACAGAAAAUGCUCAGAUCUUUGGAAGGAUCAGAUGAUGGGGUAUUGUUACAGAGAAGACUUGAUAACAUGAAUAUUAGGUGGAAUGAGCUAAGGAAAAAAACCCUUAACAUCAGGUCUCAUUUAGAAGCAAGCACAGAGCACUGGAAACGACUGCAUGACUCCCUGCAAGAGCUUCUUGCUUGGCUACAGCUGAAAAAUGAGGAGCUCAAGCAGCAGGCACCCAUCGGAGGAGAUGUCCCCAAAGUCCAGACUCAAAUUGAGACUCAUCGAGCCUUCAAGAGGGAGACAAAAGCAAAAGAGCCAGUUGUCAUGAAUGCUAUUGAUACAGUGAGAAUUUUCUUAGCUGAUCAACCUUCUGAAACCCUUGAGAGGAUGCACCAAGAACCAAAAGAAGCACAAACAGAAGAACAGUUUAGGAAUAUUAGCAGAGUUCUACAAAAGCAAGUUGAUGAUGUGACAACUGAGUGGGACAAGCUGAACCUGCACUCUGCUGAUUGGCAGAAAAAAUUAGAUGAGGCACUUCAGAGCCUGCAGGAGCUCCACGAGGCAAUGGAUGAGCUGGACCAUAAAUUGCAUCAAGCAGAGGCUUUGAAAGGGACUUGGCAACCAGUUGGAGAUUUGUUGAUUGACUCACUUCAGGAUCACAUAGGGAAAAUCAAGACUUUCAAAGCAGAAAUUGCCCCAAUUAAGAACAAUGUAAACCAAAUCAAUGAUCUUGCCUGUCAGUUUGAUUUGACUGUUAUCCAGCUGUCCCCUUACCAUUUUAGCAGACUAGAAGACUUGAAUACAAGGUGGAAACUUCUCCAGGUGUCCAUUGAUGAACGCAUCAGACAGUUGCAUGAAGCCCACAGGGACUUUGGCCCCACGUCUCAGCAUUUUCUUUCCACCUCUGUCCAGGGUCCCUGGGAAAGGGCAAUCUCACCAAAUAAAGUGCCAUACUACAUCAACCAUGACACACAAACAACCUGCUGGGAUCAUCCCAAAAUGACAGAAUUAUAUCAAUCUCUAGCUGACCUGAACAAUGUACGAUUCUCAGCAUACAGAACUGCCAUGAAGCUAAGGAGAUUGCAGAAGGCCUUGUGCUUGGAUUUGCUAGGGCUGUCUGCAGCUUGUGAAGCCUUGGACCAGCACAACCUUAAGCAGAAUGACCAGCUGAUGGACAUCCUGCAGAUUAUUAAUUGCUUGACCACAAUUUACGAUCGACUGGAGCAAGAGCACAAUAAUCUGGUGAACGUUCCUCUCUGCGUGGACAUGUGCCUCAACUGGCUGCUGAAUGUUUAUGACACGGGUCGAACGGGACGUAUACGUGUCUUAUCUUUUAAAACUGGUGUAAUUUCCCUGUGUAAAGCACAUUUGGAAGAUAAGUACAGAUACCUAUUCAAGCAGGUGGCAAGCUCCACGGGAUACUGUGACCAGCGGAGACUGGGCCUGCUUUUACAUGAUGCAAUUCAAAUUCCCCGACAGCUGGGUGAAGUGGCCUCUUUUGGCGGCAGUAACAUUGAACCCAGUGUCCGAAGCUGCUUUCAGUAUGCUAAUAACAAACCAGAAAUUGAAGCAGCCCUAUUUCUGGAUUGGAUGAGGUUGGAACCACAGUCCAUGGUGUGGCUGCCAGUGCUCCAUAGAGUAGCUGCUGCUGAGACUGCCAAGCACCAAGCCAAGUGCAACAUCUGUAAGGAGUGUCCAAUUAUUGGUUUCAGGUACCGAAGUUUAAAGCACUUUAACUAUGACAUCUGCCAAAGCUGCUUCUUUUCUGGCCGUGUUGCAAAAGGUCACAAAAUGCACUACCCAAUGGUUGAAUAUUGCACUCCUACCACAUCUGGAGAAGAUGUUCGUGAUUUUGCAAAAGUUUUGAAGAAUAAAUUCAGAACAAAAAGAUACUUUGCUAAGCACCCAAGGAUGGGAUAUUUGCCAGUUCAAACUGUCCUAGAAGGCGAUAACAUGGAAACUCCUGUUACUCUGAUCAACUUCUGGCCAGUAGAUUCUGCGCUAGCAGAAAUGGAAAAUACCAAUGGAUCCUAUCUAAAUGAUAGCAUUUCACCUAAUGAAAGCAUAGAUGAUGAACAUUUGCUCAUCCAACACUACUGCCAAAGCUUGAACCAAGAAUCACCUCUGAGUCAGCCUCGCAGCCCUGCUCAGAUUCUGAUUUCUUUGGAGAGUGAGGAACGAGGAGAGCUUGAGAGGAUCCUUGCUGACCUGGAAGAAGAAAACAAGAAUUUACAGUCAGAAUAUGAUAGAUUGAAGGAGCAACAUGAUCACAAGGGAUUAUCUCCUCUACCUUCUCCACCUGAAAUGAUGCCAUCCUCCCCACAGAACCAGCGGGAUGCUGAGCUCAUCGCUGAAGCCAAGUUACUGCGCCAGCACAAAGGGCGCUUGGAAGCCAGAAUGCAGAUCUUAGAGGAUCACAACAAACAACUGGAAUCCCAGUUGCAUCGACUGAGACAGCUGCUGGAGCAACCGCAAGCAGAGGCAAAGGUGAAUGGUACAACAUAUUCUUCUCCUACUCCCUCACUGCAGAGAUCAGAGAGCAGCCAGCCUAUGUUGCUUCGUGUAGUUGGCAGUCAAACAUCAGAAAGCAUGGGUGAGGAUGAUCUCCUCAGCCCUCCUCAUGACUCAAGCACUGGCCUAGAAGAAGUGAUGGAACAGCUAAACAACUCCUUCCCAACUGCACGAGGAACCAAUGUAGGCAGCCUUUUCCACAUGGUGGAUGAUUUGGGAAGAGCGAUGGAAACCUUAGUUACUGUUAUGACUGAUGAUGAGGUGUUAGAAUGACCGUUCCAAUCACAACGCAUGUGUUUUUAUAUAUGACAUUCGUACAACAAAAGGGGAUUAGACUGUAAGAGUUUACAAGAAAAUAUCUAUUUUUGUGAAGGGUAGUGGUACAAUACUGUAGAUUUUAGUAGUUUCUUAAGUCUGUUAUUGUUUUGGUAACAAUGGCAGGUUUUCAAUGUCUAUGCAAUUGUACAAAACUAUGAGAAAACUACAUGUAAAAUCUUAAUAGCUUAAAUAAAAUAAAACUUGCCAUUUCUUUUUAUGGAAGGCAAUUUUGGGUUCUUUAAAAAAAAUUUAUAUCAGUUAUAAGAAAGAUUGUAAACUAAAAGUGUGCUUUAUAAUAUAAAUUACUUGUUUAUAUAAUAAAAUAACUCUUUGGAAAAAAAAAACAAGAAUAAAAAAAAAAACCUAAGGCCGUGCAUUGACUUUAGAAACACUUUGGCUUUGUAACUGUGAAAAAUAAUAUCCAUUGUGUGUGUUUUUCGUUUUAUGGGUGAGAAACGUGAUAUUUAUAGCAACAAAUUCCCACUUUAACAGCAAUGGCACAUGGGGGAAUUUUGGGUGAUUUGAAGCCCAGGACGUUUUAGAAGCAUGGGGAGUGGCAUCAAAUCAUCCAAAAGUACCCACCCCCUCCUAGGGCAAACCCCUGAAAGGAUUUAUGGAAACAAGGCAGGUCAAAGUACCACUGUCUGAACAGUGUAUUGAGGAGGCACUAGCUGGCAUACCAGGAGCCAUUGGUCACCACCAAAAUCAGCCAUUGGCCUAAAAUCUCUCAUAUAAUUUGCUAUAGUCAUCACUAUUUCAAACAGGAGAAUGGGUCCAGGGUCAGCCACUUUUUUCUCUUUUAAAGGGAACAUGUUACUCUAUUUGCACAAACUUUGUAUGUUUUCUUCUACUAUCUAAAUGCAACAUAUUGAUAAACUUAUAUUCCCUUUUUGGUUCUACAAAAAUGCAUAUAAAAUAAAUCUAGCAAACAAUAUAUUAAUACGGAUACUACAGCUGGUCAUGCUCAAGUUAUUUUAGUUUUCAGAAAACUAUGCUAUUAUGAAUAGUUAGACAAAAAAUUGGAGUCAUUGCUAAUUCAUAGCAACA